GGAAGGAGAAGCCACUAAGCUGAAAUUAGUCCCAUCAACUUCUGGAAGUAAUCGUGCUCUCUCACCAAUGCCAAAAGCUGCCCAAGCCAACAAUCAUAUCGACAAGAAAAGGAGUGCAAUACCAAGAAACAAUUUAGUGCCGAUUGCUAUAAGGACUGAGGCCCCUGUCAACGAAGAGAUCAAUGCAGGUCAAUCAAAUUCAGGUGCAGCAGCCGUUGCUGGUACUGCUGGUGCUGGGGUUCAGCGAUGGACUUUUGAUGAAGUCAGUACCUUACUAGAAUGUUAUGCAAUUUAUGAGCCUCGUUUCUCCAAGAAGAUGGAAAGAACAGCCACUUUGUGGGAAAAGGUCAAUAAAGAAAUGGAAAAGAGAGGAGUGAAGACUACAGCUGAAAGAUGCAGUGUUAAAUUUGCAGCAAUGAAGAAGAGAUUCAACGAGCUAAAUGAUCAGAAUGUCGACGGUGAAAAGGGCCGAAGGGUUCAGUGGCCCUUUUUCUCUAAGAUGAAUGAACUUUUAGGAUUGUCGGAUGCCUCAACGCUCAAACACGUGCAUGGCGUAGGCGCUGACUCCUCCAAAAUGCGGGAUGAUGACUCCAAUCCGUCUACUCCUCCACCACCCAAGAAGUCCAGAGCCAGGAACGCUAGGAUUACCCAUCCGGAAUCAAUAUCUCGUUUAAUUGAAAUUGAAAUGGACCGUUCAUCGAUGGACCAGGAAUUCUUAAAGGAAAUAAGAGCCAGUAAUGCUGCUAGUUUAACGAAAACUGAGGCUAUCGUAUCAGCGUCGAAGGCCUUCGAGAAACUAGCUAAUGGGAUGUUAAACAAAUUCCAAAAUAUGCAAGGCGUUGUUUCUUCAGAAAUGAGCGUAAUACAUCAGUCAGAAGAGGUCGACUAAUGGCAGAACACAUUGAAGAAGAUGAUUUGUGAACGAAUGAACCUCAAAACUUGUCAGAGUGCACUACCACCCCGUUUCCUUUUGUAAUCCACAUUUCCAAAGAAUUAACCAUUGUUUUAUUUCGGUUAUAUCCUCAACUUGUACCUGAUCUAAUUGUGCAGCAGUAAAUAAAUCUGUUUU